GACGACUCCCGACGGCACAUUCAAGAAGCAAUCCAAAAUUGCUCAAAGCUCAAAGGUCCAGAUGCCAACGGAAGAUUUAAGGUGCAGUCGAAAAGGUUCUCCUUCAAUGUUUCAAAAGCUAAAUUCCUUGAGAUCUCAGAAGAACGAAGAGAUGCAACUUGCUCUGGCUUCUACGAGAACGAGUUCCUUUUCAAAUGUAACGGUUGAUGUGCCAACUUGGGAAGCUGGAAAUUCAAAGGCAGAUUGUGGUGCUCCAACAGAUGUGGCAAUAAGUUCCAUAGUGCUAAGAGAAGGAGUAAAAUUCAAGCCCAUUGCUGACUUUGAACUACAAGACUCUAACUCUCAAAUUACCCCUGUAGAAGGGAUUGGUUUAGCACUGGCAGUUUGCUCUUCAGUACAGCUCGGGACAUGAGUUUUUCACUCGAUUGCAGGCUCCUCUUCACAAGUAAUCAGAAGCUCAACCAAAGAUAAACUAUCAUUUCAUGCCUCUCCAUUCUACCCCAGAAGUCUUAUGCCAUCUAAACUAUCUUUAAAGGAUAUGAAAGCUCUAAACCUUAAAGCAGAGGAUCUCCAAAAUGAUUUGAUGAUGACUGAGAGUUCACCAAAGAAUACUAUUUUUAGUGUGGGACUUAGAGAUCAUGAGAGUAAUAGUUCUCGUCUUUUGGAAGAGGAACAAAGCUUACUGUUUGGG